AAAAGGUUGGGCAGCUUUGGGUUAAGAGAUACAUAGGACUGCCAGUAAAACCACCUUGAUGACAAUGCCUGAUUUCUGUGUCUUUGCUGUCUGACAGGUAGGAGGAUGCAGUCCACCGAGUGCGAUUCGUCCAGGGAGAAGCAGCAGUGCCCUAUCCCUCACACCAUGACCCUCUUCGUUGAUGAUACAGGUUGCCCCUUGCGUUUCUUCAUCAGACCCGGCAGUGCCAAGAGGCGCUUCUUGCCUGUAAUCAGGCUGGGUGGCGGGGUGAUGUGCCGCAUACAGGAGCCGGGUGCAAUAUCCCUGGCCGACCCGAAGGAGCAGAGUGGGGUCGCUGCUCCGGGAUACAUCUCCGUGCAGUACAUCCUCGACUGUGUGGAGAAAAACGAGAGGCUGGACCUGGAGGGGUACAGACUGGGGUCGACCCAGCAAGAGCGAGCUGAUUCUACAAGCAGUGGCGUCUGCUGGACGGGGCGCGUUGGGUACAGCAGAGAGGAGGAUGAUGCAAUCCUGCGAUACCUCAAGGAGCACAGCAGCAAGGAGAGCCUAGUCAAGGGCAACAAGAUCUGGCAAGAGAUGGAGCGCGCUGCCGUGACCUGCCAUACCUGGCAGUCCAUGAAGGACCGCUAUAGAAAGCACCUGGCCGGCCGGAUGGAGGCGUUCCAGGUUGAGGACCUCACAGCCUCUCCCAGCAGUGCGGCAACACGUUCCACCAAGAGGAAAAGCAAACUCGAGGAAACCGAGGCCAUGGACACUGCAUCAGACCAGCAAGUGAGUGGACCCACCUGUGCUUCACUUGAAAACCAGGUUGUGGAGGAAGAGGAAAUGAAGGAGCUGACAAACGGAGAAGAGAAAGAGGAAGAAAUCCUGGAGAAAGAGGUGAGAGACACAGAAGUGGAGGUUCGUCAAGGACAAGAGGUAACUACGGAGUCCGCCCAGCUCACACAGAGCAGCAGUGCAAAGCGCCGGAAAUUGGAGAUUCUGGAAUUAGCAGUCCGAGAAUUUGAGGUAAGCCCUACACAGGAGCAGGGGUGUGGAAUUUUUGAAAACUUCUUGUCCAAGGGACAAAAUGCUACACAAAUCUACUUGCCCCCUCCACAUCGCACAAAACGCACACACAAAAACCUGACGGAAGACAACAUGUGUGGAGACGUCAUGUUCAAUGAUACGACCACAGAUCUAGAAGUGACUGGUGAGGCAAGAGUCCAGGAGGAAGCAGGGGCCCAGAGUGUUGUAGAUGAGUUGGAGGUGCCCCAAAGCCCCUUGUCUUGGCUUUGCACGGUUGUGAAGUACAGGGACUCAUUCAUUGUAGAUUCCGAGACGCAGGAGGGAACGUCCGACCACUCAGACACCUCUGAAAUCCUGGAAAAGAGGAUUGCCCCAGAAACGGAACCAGGGGCUGAAGAGAGAGAGGCAGGGACCCAGAGUGUUGUAGCUGGCCAGGAGAGCGUGCCUGUGGCUGGGAGAGCUGAGUUAGUGCAGCCCCAAAGCCCCUUGUCUUGGCUUUGCAAGUUUAUGAUGCACGGGGACAUUUUAGAUUCCCAGACACAGGAGGGUGAGGAGGGGGCGUCCGACCCCUCUGAGGCGGAGGUGGUAGACGCCAUCGCUGCUGUGCAGUUUCUGAUGGAUGAGUUUGGAGUGGACCUGGCGUGCGUGAUGCAGAGCUUCCUGAAGAACAGCGGUGAUUUCCAGGCUGCGCGGCACUACCUGCGUACCGGCCGCACAUUGGAUGGGAGACCCCUCUGGACACAGCACGACGACCUGGAUCUGCAGUCAGGAGAUCCCAUCACAAAACAGGCUCUAAUACUUAAAUAUGGGGAGGAGAGCGUGGCCAAGAGGGUGGCAUUUUUCAAUACCUGAUCUACAGAGGGAUUAAAGGCGUUUUUCAAUACCUGACCUGCAGAGGGAUUAAAGGCGCUUUUCAAUACCUGAUCUACA